UAUGGGAACAUUCAUAAGCUUCAUGCUGGAGGCAGUUGUAUGAGGAUAAAGGGGAUGACUUUCUUUCACUUGCACUUAUAAGUCUGUCCAGAAAGGGAAGAGAGAGGAUUGAGAUCAUUUUUCUGAUAUUCGGGGAUAAGAUGGCAUUUUUGUCCCAACUGUAUUGAUUAUUAAGGUACAGAACCAAGAUUAUUGGAAAUGAUCCAAAUGAUUGUCAUUUCUUCAGUGUUAUGUUUUGCCUGUUUCAGAUUGGCUUUUAAGGGAGCUUGUUAUGAGAGAUUAGAAAAUCCCACUUUGUGCUUCAAAAUCAUGCAUUGUCUGCCCUUUGCUAGGGCAACCAUAAGAGUUCACUGAGAGGACAAAUUUUCUAUCUCAUUAAUUGUUUUUGUUUUUUUUUAAAAGCAAACCCUAUUGGCCCCUCAAACCCUUGACCUUUAAAGACAGUAUUUUGUGUAAGCUCUAUAAUUCUAUGAAAAUAACCCUUACACAUGCUCUCCUCCCUUUCUCCCUCCCUCCAAUCUCUUUCUCCCUCCCUCCAAUACACACUCAUCUGCUUUAGUCACACAGCCAAGCUGUGCAUGACUCCUAAGAUAAAAGUUUUGUCAACAUCUGAAAUCAACCUAAAUCGGAUAGGAGACACUUUAAUGGUCACAGUUUGAAUUAAGUACUUAACACUCUCCCCCUUGAAGAAAAAUGGCACUUUGCAGGCUUCCUUCCCUAGUUUUGCUGAAAUCUACGAUAUACCCGGUGUUUUAUUACAGCAGGAAUUCAACUGUGACAGGCAUAGUAGAGUACUUAAUACCCAGGAUGAAGCUCAUGGGAAGAUUACCUAGAUAGAUGGGGGAGGAGGGAAGUCCCUGUGCGUAGCAUCUCCGACUUCAUAAGCAGUUGUCCCAGGGUGCCCCUUUCCCCUACAUCUCAGCCUCCUCCCUGUGGGGUGGGGUAGGGUGGAUAUCACUAUCUUUCCUCUGUCCCCCUGUUCCCCUAAGCUUCCAAACUCUGCUGCUCUCCUCGCUGUGACCUUCCCUUUAGCAGUUCCCACAUAGAAACAGAUCGAUGACUCUUUAGAAUGGAAGAGAAGAAAAACCCAAAGAACCAAUGUAGCAAAAAAAGCCUGGGGCUUCCCAUCUGAAUGAGUGGGUUCUAUGCAGGCAAUAGGCUGUCCUUGGCACUCCUUUGGUCUCUGCAUACCUAGACACAGUCUUGUAUUGAAAAACACAGGCUCACCUUUCUCAACUGCUGCUCCUGUUGCCCCUUCUCUAUAUUAUACACUGGCCCAAGGAUAAUGCUGCUUUGUGUUUCAAAGAAACACAUGGGCUGGAAACAAUAGGAGGAAGAGACGUGUGCUCUGUUCCCUUGAUGGUAUAAGGGAGGCUGCUGUGGCUGUCUUGAAACCCUCUAGUCUGCAACUUAUAGAACUCUGGCACCUUUUCUGAAGACUCCAAACUUAUAGGGCACCCCCCUCCCUUUCAAGCCAGCUCCACUUUCUCUGGGAUUGAUUUCAUCGGGUUGAAAGAGAUUCCCAGAUUGAGAGAUUGCCCAAGGUGAAAGAGACCUGGAGGCCAUUUUGGUUCAAUCUUCUUAAUAUACAGAUGAGAAAACUGAGGUAGCUGAAUCAUCCUCCUUCUAUGGUUCCUUAUGUUAAUGAGUGUGAGGGUGGAAUGCAACCUUUAGUCUUACUCUAGAGAGCAGUAAGGUCACAGGCAUCUUUCCUCUUGGGAAGCUAUUCUGCCAGGAAUGGAUGUAUCUAAGCUUACACUUGACCUGGAUGGCCACAGGUGUGUACAGCCAGAGAAGAAUGAUGGGUUCUUGCCUCAUAUGCCAUCCUAGCUGCCUGGGGAGAUUUUUGUAACCAAACCACCCUAGUCACGGAGCUCAGACAGGUGGUCUGGCCACUGGGCUCAGGAGGGGACAGACGUCAGGGUGCCUCAGAGAGCAGUGGACUCCUCGCUCUCCACAACGUUCAUAAUCCCGUAAUGACUAAUUCUGUCAUGCUUGCCCUGCUAUUUCCAUGGUGGUGGCUUCCCUCGGACCAGGGCAAGGGUGAAUGCGCUCCGGAGGCCUGCAGAGCCAAACAAGGACCCUGGUUGCAGCUGAUAAAGGUGUAGCGCCUGUUCCAGGGAGAUAUUGAAAUUGUAAUCUUUGAGGUCAUGUGACUCAUUAAAUAAUUAAUGCAGAUCGUCAGGAAUGGAUCGGAGUCGUCAGGGCCUCACUAGGAAUGAAUCUCUCAGAAGUGAGACUCCAACUUCCCAUUUGAUUUUUAAAAACACACACCCUUAGAUUUAUCUCCAAAAGCUUUUAACUCCUUCAGGAAGGCAGGAGAGAAUCCUUCGGAGGGGAGGACAGAGCUGGCGGGCCCUCGACUAGUCUUAGGGCUUUUUCUGCAGGGCUUCGGCGAGUCCGGGGAGCGCGCCGCGUCCAGGGAAACGUGAGUUCGGGCUUGGGUUUUCUGCGGUCACAUCCUGGCUUUGGUGAUGAAGUGGGACGGAUGCGCAGACAGUUGGUAAUAUUCUGAUUUACGCUGGGGAAGGCUGCAGAGAUACCACAGGACGGGCGCGUGGCUUUGUUCAAUUUUCCCGGCGUUCAUAAAUCACCCGCGCUGGGCGAGCGAGGGAGCAAGCGAGCGCCAAAAAUGCGGCGAGAGAGGCCACCGCGGCUGCGGCGGCGGCAGUGGCGGCGGCCAUUGCAGAGCGAGAGACCUGGGCAGCAUCUCUCUGUGACUCAUUAGUCUGAACGAUUUAUGGGGGACAGCAGCCAUGAAUAUUAGACUUGGGGAUAAGGAAAGAGCAAAAAUAAUAAUAACCAUAAUAAUUACAUACUCCUAAGUGUCGCGCAGGGGGGUGGCGGAUGGCAGCAUAGUGGAUCUUUCUGGGGUGAAAUUGAGAGGCAAAGUGCAGGAUGGAUGAGUACACACCUUGCUCUAGGUCAUGCCAGAGGCCCCAAGACCAGGGAACAUUCCCUUUGGGGACCCAGAUAGAAAGUCUGAACAAGAGAAAGGGGGCGCAGCGUGAAUCUUGAGCUCUUUUUCUUUGGUUUGUGGAGGCUGCAGGUCGAAUGUUGGCAAAGUGCAGCUGCCCAUGUGCGGCCACUUGUUUAACGUGCUAGGGGGCUCCGAAGCCAGGGGUCAGGGGAUUCCUCAGCUAUUUGAUAGCGCCUCUUAGCGCUAUCUACAGAAUUGCAAGGAGGCAGACAGACAGUGGAGGGCUGAUUUGGGGCAGCCUGGGGUAAGAGGAGGUUACCUAGGUCUGGGUGAAGGGGGAGUGGGGACAGGGCUAGACGAAGAGAGCCCGCAGAAUCCAGCGGAGUGCAGAACUUCUCCAAGCCAGGGUCCGGUGCGCGGACGAUUCUUUGCCCCUUCCCUAGCGUCUUCCCCAGAGCUGACUGCCGGCUCGGUGACCAUUUGUUGGUUAGAGGGCAAGAGAGGGUUGCAAAUAUUGUGAGGGACGAGAUUUGAGUAGAAUCAAGGCAUCAAGUCGGCUUGUGGCCACUGCGCAAGGCCAGGCUGGAGCAGGGUCCCUGAGCAGGUAUUGUACCAGCCGGCGCCCCUCCCAGUUUCCAGCAGCCUUAGUUGUCCUGCUCUGAGGGACUAAGCACUGAGAUAGUCCCACCAGGUCAUUAGGACCUAGAAGAGACGUACCCAGGGUUGGAUAAACCAGAAGAUAAAACCUCCCAAGACUGCUUCUGGCCAGCGGACUGAGCCAGGGUCUGAUUUCGCGCCAACAGAAAUGAACGCUAUUAGUGAGGUUUCAGGAGAGUCCGUGAUUGAAUGCUCCCAGACAAGGCUUCCUUUUGUUAGGAAAAGAAAAUAAAGCGAGCAUUCACAUUCUCCAAGUUGGGGUGCCGGAGGAGAGCUCUCUGAAAGCUGCCCACACCACCAGCAAAGGCGCUUCCACCUUCUCAGCUUCCUCUCUUUCAUUUUCUUUCCUCUCCCGCUCCAACCCCUUCCCCCAAAAAAGAAAGAAAAAGGAGAAAGUGUGGGUGCGGAGAUGGAGUAUGUAUUUAUUUUACAAAAAUAAAUCACCAUCUUCGGGUCAUUCGUAGACUGGAACAUUUCGAGCAAUGAGUGCACCGCAUGGACGAGUGCCCUGGCGACUCCUUGGUGUUCUCGUCACCCCCAGGGCCACCUUGGCGCUCACACGAGCCACGCUUCCCACUCUGGGCCUCCAACUCCCUUCUCUCGCAGCCGCCGUUCACCCUCUGCUGUUUAUUUGUCUGCAGACCUCCUGGACAUUGGAAAAGGCGAUUCCCUGAGUGCCCGGAGUCGGAGGCAAUUCCUGGUUCAGAUUUAAACAUCUUUCUAGGGGAGGAGUGAAGGGGAGGAAUCAUGCACAGCCUCCUGAAGCUGCUACAAGCUCUCAUUGAACAAAACCAGCUGGACUUGGAGGAGAUGUUUUAACCUUUUGUCAGGUAAUUAUGGGCCUUUUUGGUUUCUCUAGUGGCUGUGGUGUAUGGUGUGGGUGUUAGCAAACUCCAUACAAUGCAGGCAGGGAGGAAGUCCACUAUCCAGGCCAGUUGUUUCUGGGCCUGCCCCUUGCCUUUUGAUAUACUGGCCUGUGAGCCAGCGGAGACUGAGGUGCAUGGGUGUGCACAAUCCAGCUUGUCUGAGGGUGGGAGGUUGUAAAGAAAGUUAAGUGGAUUCUAAAAAUAAGAAUAGCAUUGGUGUAUCCUUGUGUUUGGAGUGUGUGUAAAGAAAUGUAAGUGGAGAUAAGCUGUCUUGUAUGGUAUUCAUGGGGGGAUGGCCCCCAGCAUCCUAUUGCUUAGACAGAACUCUUAAAUUCAAAAUUGCUGGUUGAGGUCCCCCACCUACCCUCCCUCAAAGCUAAAUAUUCCGUUUGGAAAUCUAGUUCCUUUAGUGGCUCCCUAUUUCAAAUAAAAGGAUUUAAGUUGACGUAUAACCACGUGAGCACAUAAUACAGCGCAUUAUUGUGGCAUUUGGAGCGGAGACCCAGGCAGGCUUCGCCUGUGAUUACGUUUUCUAGAUUCUCUACAGAGCUGGAGCUUUUCCCCAACCCCCACGCACCCACCUCCUCCUUCUCCUUCCCCUUCUCCGGAGAGCAUUUCUGAGCAGGUUGCAGUUUUCAGCACUCAUGGAGCGGUUCUGGGCGAGCUAGCCGAUGGAAGUCGAGGCCAUACCAGGAGGAUGGAAUUUAUUUUAAGCAGAGCGGAUUGAGACUGGGGCGCCGACCAUCUGCACGCCAGGACGUCGGACCUUCGUCUUGAGGUCGGAGCCCCACUUCUACCCGCUGAGGCCGGCAGCCCGGGAGCCACCUAUGGGGCGGAUAGAGGCCCUGGCCGGAAGCGAGCUUCUGCCCCAGAUAUCCCAGGGCUCCCACAGCUCUUCAAGUCCGGUCCCUGCGUUUUGCCCAGCAGGGUCUUGGCGCCAGCGGAAAGGUCUGCGCGGGGCGGCCAUUGGCGGCGGAGUGUCACGUGACCGCGGGGGCGUGCCAAUGUGCGCCCUCACGGGUGUCAAACCUCUGUCAGAGUGUGCGAUCAAGAUCGUGAAACAACGCGAUGCAAAAAGCGACCUACUACGACAGCUCGGCGAUCUACGGUGGCUACCCCUACCAGGCAGCCAACGGGUUCGCUUAUAAUGCCAAUCAGCAGCCGUACCCGGGGUCCGCCGCUUUGGGUGCCGACGGCGAGUACCACCGACCCGCCUGCUCACUCCAGUCGCCCUCCAGCGCCGGGGGCCACCCCAAGGCACAUGAGCUGAGUGACGCAUGCCUGCACACCCUGAGCGGCCCACCAGGCCAGCCCCCAAGCCUGGGCGAGACGCCCUUGCCCCCGCCACCGCCCCAGGCCGCGCCCCCUGCCCCACAGCCGCCUCAGCCCCCACCUCAGCCCCCUGCACCCAACCCUGCUGCGCCUCCGCCCCCCUCUUCUGUCUCCCCCCCUCAGAAUGCCAGCAGCAACCCCACCCCUGCCAACGCAGCCAAGAGCCCCCUGCUCAACUCACCCACAGUGGCCAAACAAAUCUUCCCCUGGAUGAAAGAGUCUCGACAAAACACGAAGCAGAAAACCAGCAGCUCCAGCUCAGGCGAGAGUUGCGCUGGCGACAAGAGCCCACCCGGGCAGGCUUCGUCCAAGCGCGCUCGCACGGCCUACACGAGUGCGCAGCUGGUGGAGCUGGAGAAAGAGUUCCACUUCAAUCGCUACCUGUGCCGGCCGCGCCGGGUGGAGAUGGCCAAUCUGCUGAACCUCACCGAGCGCCAGAUCAAGAUCUGGUUCCAGAAUCGCCGCAUGAAGUACAAAAAGGAUCAGAAGGGCAAGGGAAUGCUGACGUCAUCGGGGGGGCAGUCUCCAAGUCGCAGUCCCGUGCCCCCUGGCGCCGGUGGCUAUCUGAACUCUAUGCAUUCGCUGGUCAACAGCGUCCCAUAUGAGCCCCAGUCGCCCCCGCCCUUCUCCAAGCCCCCCCAGGGUGCCUACGGGCUGCCUCCCGCCUCUUACCCUGCGCCCCUGCCUAGCUGCGCACCCCCGCCACCCCCACAGAAGCGCUACACUGCGGCAGGGGCGGGCUCAGGGGGCACCCCCGACUACGACCCGCACGCUCAUGGCCUGCAGGGCAACGGCAGCUAUGGGACCCCACACAUACAGGGAAGCCCCGUCUUCGUCGGGGGCAGCUAUGUGGAGCCCAUGAGCAACUCCGGGCCAGCCCUCUUUGGUCUAACUCACCUCCCCCACGCUGCCUCGGGCGCCAUGGACUAUGGGGGCACCGGGCCUCUGGGCAGCGGUCACCACCACGGGCCGGGGCCUGGGGAGCCGCACCCCACUUACACGGACCUUACCGCCCACCAUCCUUCUCAGGGAAGAAUUCAGGAAGCACCCAAGCUCACCCACCUGUGAUGGUGGGCUCGGGGCUACCCGCCAGGAGAGUCUCCCCCACCCACCUUUUUGCUUUGGUUGCCUUUUUUUUUUUUUUUAACGUUCUUCCUGCCCUUUCCUUCCUUCUCCGCCCCCGCACUCCGUUUCCCGGUUUCCCCGCUCUUUGGUAACGCAUUUUUAUAGUUUAUGUGACGUAGCAAUCUUGGUUGCUGUAAUGGCUGUAUCAGUAGCGAUAUUUAUCUCUUCCUGCCCCUCGCUAGGCCACUGGCCCUGCAUCCUUUACCUUCUCCACUCUUUGGUCAGAAACAGGGUAUAUGAACAAAUUUUCUAGUCGUUUUCAAUGUGAAUUUGUUCGUACAUUAUGGCUCCCGAGGGGAAGCGAUUACUUUUUUUUUUUUUUUUUUACAUUUUUAGUUUUUUUUAAUUGCACUUGUAAAGAGAGAGAAAAAAAAUCAAAGGCGCUUUGAAACAGGGGCUCCCUGUGCAAGGAUAACUAAGUGUCCGUCUUUCCGUGUGUGUAUGCUGGUGAACAGUCAGAUUUAUUUAUAUUUUUUUUUGCAAGCAUUGAAUAAGUUUUAAAUAUUAUUUAUCCCCAUCCGUUCGUAUUUAUAUUAAAGAAAUUCUGUACCCUGAUUGUUCAGAAGGGUUCUUGGACCUUUUGUUCAAUUGUGUAUUGGCGUACAUAGAAAAUUUUUUUAUUUGAAUGGGAAAUAGAAUUCCUUUAAACGGUAAUGAUGCAAUAAAACCAGAGAAGAUCCAGCUUUUGAAAACAGUGAUUUAGAUAUGAAUCCGGCAAAACUAAAAAAAAUCAUCUGUAAACGCGAAAAAUGCUAGAUUUGAGAGUUCUACAUUCCUUGCUGCUCACAUUCUGAGAAACAAAACAAAAAGAAAUAAAGUUUUUAUUCUGAAUAA